UCUUCCCUUGAGUAAAAACGUAAACAAACAUUAACAAACCCCCUUUUCGUGUAAAAUUGCAAUCUUUAGCCUUUAGGAUUAAUAGGGGGACAAUAAACAAUGACAUCAUUUUCAAGAGAAAUAGUAAGAUAUAAUUCAUACACACAAUCCAAAGACAAAUUAUACAGAAUAUUCCAAUAUGGAGCCAGGUUGGUUUUAUGGUAUAUUCAAAAGGUGGGUUCGAAAAGUGUCCUGGGAUCCAAAUUGCAAAAAAUGGAAGAAACUGUAGCACUCUCAAGAAAAUUAUUUAGAAUGGGCAACAGUACAGAACUGAUACAUAAAGCUAUGGACAGUUUUAAGAUGCCAGAUACAUACCAAGCAUUACUGGGUGUUACAACACAUUCUUUUAAAGCCUUGUGGCUCAUCUUGGAUCAUAUUAUAUGGUUUGGAAAGGUGGAAGCACUACAGAUACAAAUAAAGACAUGGACUGUAUGGGCAUCCAGAGCAUGGUUGGUAUCCCUUCUAGCAGCAACGGUAAUUAAUAUUCAUAAAAUCAACCAUGUAAAGGCUCAAAUAGCAAAAGCUGGAUCAAGGCAUGGACAAUCGGAUCAUCAACAUAGAAACGAUAAACAACUCUUAAAAAGAGACUACCAUGGUGCUCAGAUGACAUUUUUAAAAGACUUUUGUGACGUUUUCAUUCCUCUUUCAAGUUUAGGAUAUGUUAGCCCGGGACUUGGUGCUUUUUGUGGGGUUGUUUCAUCAUACGUUGGUUUUAAAUUAGAAUGGGAAAAACAUGUAAAACCAUUCAAGACUCAUGAACAUUAGCCAUGAAUUUAAAGAUUUAAAAAAAUAUAUAUUUGCCAUUAUUGCUCAAGAAAUUAUAAAUAAUUAGGGUCAGUCAAUUCAAUUUAUAUAAUAUAAUCUUGUAGAGGAAAUUAAAACAUGAUUUUGAUAUAAUCAUAAGUUUCUAUUGUGUUUUAUCUGUUUCAUUUACCGGUUAUCAAGAAAAUAACUGAUUUUCUAAAUAAUUUUUCAGUUCCAUAUAACGUUAUUAUAUAACUUGUUAUUAUAUGCCCAUAAUUAAAUAUGGUUCAAACAUUGGUAUUACUAGCUAUCUAUAUUUUGAAAUUACAUGUAAUUUGUAUUGUCUUUCAGAUUGAAAUGAUUAUUAUUAUUAACCUAUUUUUCCAAAAUGUAUAUAUUAGUUGUCUAUCUUAUCGAAAGGAAGAAUCCUAUUGAUUUUCCACCAUUUUCUUUAACAACUUCCAAACUUAUGCCCUUUUGUUACAAAAUCCUUUUAGCACUUGAGGGACUUCAUGAUCUUAUUUUUUUAGUUGUUUAGCUCAUAAAUGCAUAGAUGACUAAGCUGAUGCUGGGUGGGUGUUUUGUUCCCUAGUAACCUAUAUUUAAGAAAUGUUGGAUUUCACCUCUGGUUUAUUUUAGUAUGAUUCGAAAUAACCGUGCUUGUAGCAGAGAAUUAGUUCCCAAUUUUAAUCAUGCAUUUUAUACAUGUACAAAAUUGUAAUAUGCUUAACCAAGAUUGUGACAUAAUUAACAAGCCAAAAGUGAGGC